UGACGUCUAGGAGGAAUUGGAAUGCUCCCAUCUCCGAACGUCACGCUUCUACUACUCCUACUACCGUCUUCUACCUCUUCUUCUCUCUCAUUGUUUGUUUUUUCCUUAAUGGCGGAACAUCUUCUAGCUGACCGUUUAAAGAAAGAAGCUCUGCUUUCGAGGUGGGUCUGUUGAAUAUUUCGGAGGUAGACAGAAAAUUCGUGUACUAAAAUAGUUUUCUAAUAGACAGGAACUUGUGCAAUUCAAUUAGCCAGCCAAAGUCAAAAAGGAUUCGGUCAUUCGAUCUCCGAAGGGUUCCUGUAUUAGGGUUUUCUCGCCCGGCCCUCUGAAUUUCGGCUUCUGGGUAUUGUUCAAAUGUUGCAAAUUAGUGUUUUUGAUGGUGAAUUUUCGUCAUCAAGACCAGUGUGAACUGGGGUUUGUUUUUACUUGCAAAUUUUUUUUUUUUGGGGGGGGGGGGGGUUGGUUUGGGGUUUUACCUGAUUGUAGUUUGAAGAAAAGCGGGGGGUUUGGUGAUUUCUCUCAGUUUCGCUUCGUAAUUGUGCAAGCUUUGGAAGAUUGACGUUUCUGUGCUGGCGGUGAUGAUGGUGCUUUAUGGGUAGUAGAACAGCGAAGGUUGGCGCAGAAGAUGAUAGUCAACUUGCGGCCAGGAUGCCGAGCUUCGUUCCGCCAAUAACCGUUUCCAAUUCCAUUUUCAGUGCUAUAGAAGGAAAUACUACUCAUACCUCUCGAAUAUCUGACUUUGGGGCUCUUGAUCAGUCCCUUGGGGUUCGUAUAGAGGAUGCUGUUGACCUUAGCAGAAACCCUGUAUUUAAUCCGACUAAAUCAACCAGCCCAGCAGUAGGACCUGACUUCCAGUUUGGUAUAUUUAAUAAGCCACCAACGUCCUCCAGCACUCCAGGAUCUCAGACACUUCAACUGCAACAGGGACCGCAACAAAACCUGGUUUUUACAUCCAUUGCUCUUCAGGAUAAUCGUGCAGAGCCCAUUAUGGCAGAUGCCAGUCCUAGAACUGAUACAUCAACAGAUGGGGAUACAGAUGACAAGAAUCAAAGGUAUGAAAUGGGUCAAUCAACUGCUCUUGUGGUCUCUGAUUCCAGUGACAAAUCAAAGGAAAAAUCAGAUCAGAAGACACUACGGAGGCUUGCUCAAAAUCGCGAAGCUGCCAGAAAAAGCCGAUUGAGAAAAAAAGCAUAUGUACAACAGCUGGAGAGCAGUAGGCUGAAGUUGACCCAACUUGAGCAAGAGCUGCAGCGAGCCCGCCAGCAGGGCAUAUUCAUUUCAAGCUCAGGAGAUCAAUCCCAUUCAAUGAGUGGAAAUGGGGCCUUAGCAUUUGAUGUAGAAUAUGCACGGUGGUUAGAAGAGCAGAACAGACAGAUUAACGAACUGAGAGCAGCCGUCAACUCACAUGUGGGUGACACUGAACUUCGCACUAUUGUAGACAGUGUUACAGCACACUUUGAUGACAUUUUCAGGCUGAAAGGCGUUGCAGCAAAGGCUGAUGUGUUCCACAUCUUGUCAGGAAUGUGGAAGACACCUGCAGAGCGGUGUUUUCUGUGGAUUGGUGGCUUCCGCUCUUCUGAACUCCUCAAGCUUCUUGUGAACCAAUUGGAACCUCUAACGGAGCAGCAGUUAAUGAGCAUCUACAAUUUGCAACAAUCAUCACAGCAAGCAGAAGAUGCCCUUUCUCAAGGGAUGGAAGCCUUGCAGCAAUCUCUGGCUGAGACACUGGCUAAUGGCUCGCCUGGACCAUCAGGGUCGUCUGGUAAUGUGGCAAACUAUAUGGGACAAAUGGCCAUGGCCAUGGGAAAGUUGGGAACUCUGGAGGGUUUCCUCCGCCAGGCUGAUAAUCUGCGUCAACAAACACUACAACAAAUGCACCAUAUAUUGACAACUCGACAGUCGGCCCGUGCCCUUCUUGCUAUUAAUGAUUACUUCUCCCGGCUACGAGCCCUUAGUUCUCUCUGGCUUGCUAGGCCACGAGAGUGAAAAACUUUGGGCCCCCCUCUCAUGAAAAUCAUCCUGAACACAACACACUACACUGGUGCUGAUCAGCAGACGAGAUCAAGCUGCACCAAUGCGAUUCUAAUUCCCUCCUGGGCAAGAUAUUUCAUUACUCUACCCUUGGGUCCAUUUGGGGUGCUGUGCAGCGAGGUUACAGUUUCAUGUACCUAACCCCGCUCCCUUCUGCACUUGUAACAUCAUGUAUGUACAUUAAGCUGUUGUAUGCCCAUUUCUUUUGUUCAGUACAAUGGUCCCAAUAAUAAUUAUCUGAUCAUGUUGCCCUUUAUAGUACGAUAGUCAGAAUGGGUAGCAUAGGUGAUAUAAGAAUAUAGUUCCCAGAUGUUGAUUUGUAUACCAUACUUCGUAUCUAUUGUGAAGAAUUCCGUCUUACAGACAAUGAUUUUCCCUCUUCUGGUUAAAAUUAUAAAAUCAUUUGCAUUGUGAAUUUUAA